AUGGCCUCGCGCUCCUUCGUUCCCGUGGCCUCGCGCUCUCCCCUCUCUUAUCGCCUAGCACUCCCCGCGCUCUUCCGCAACUCAGCGUCCCCUCGCUCUUCCACUCCUUCGUUCAACGACGCGCCCUCGCUCACGCAGCUCCUCAGCGACGCCCCUCGCUCUUUCGCAGCUCGCUCAACUCCGCACCUUCCCUCGCUCUCUCGCAUCUCGCCAGCGAUGCGCCCUCGCCAGCGCAACCCCAGCGAUGCGCCCUCGCUAGCGCCACCCCCGGCGAUGCGUCCCCUCGCGCACGCAGCUCGCCAGCGAUGCGUCCCCUCGCACCACGUCCUCCGUCCAGUCCCUCGCCCGCUCGCCAGCGACGCAUCCUCGUCCUCGCACUCCCCUCACCCCAGCACCUCGGCAAGCGACGCACCCUGA